CCCGCCGACCGCUGUGGGAACACCUCCGCGCGUGCGGCGGGUACGCGGCGAGUCUGGGGCAGGAAGAACGCACGGAUGGAGACAACAGGAAGGAAGGAGACCUUCCUGGUCACAGGUGGCCACAGGAGAACAGUCAGCGGCCCAGGAGGAUCCAGGGUCCCAAUGGUGAUUGAGAAGCUGGUUCUUAGUGAUCACUCAGGAACAUCGGCCUGGCCUUGUGGGGUCAGACCUUGCAUCUCAGUCAGCCCACGGAGAAGAAGAAGAUGGCCCGCACCCAAGUGCAGGGAACGUCGUGGCAGUCAGCUGGGUGCCCACGUCCAGGCAAGGACAACUUCUGCAUCAAGGAAACAUGCGUUUCCAGAGUGAGGAGGCUGAAGGCAGGGCCCAGAGGAGAGCCGAGCCAUGGAAGGAGGUGUGUGCAUGGAUGGUGAGCUGGAGAAGGUGCAGGUGCCUCAGGGAGGAUGUGUGGGAUGAAGUGAUUCAGGGAAACCAUAAGAAAUGCUUUCACCAAACAGGAGAAACCUGAAGGUCUGGGUCCAGAGCCUCAGAUCUUACACUGGCAGCACACGGGGACACAGCAGCUGGACUGGCAGCAGCAGGGCUUGCAGCAGCUGGACUGGCAGCAGGAUGAUCCACAGCCUGAGGAGCAGCAGCAGGGCUUAUAGCAACUGCACUGGGAAUAGCCACAAGAACCACAGCCCCCCUUGGAGCCCCCACAGGAGCCACAACUGGAGCAACAGCAGAUGGGCACACAGCAGCUGGAGCCACAGCCCCCACAGCUGGAGCCACGUCCCCCCUUGGAGACCCCACAGGAGCCACAGCCCCCCUUGGAACCCCCACAGGAGCCACAGCCCCCCUUGGAGCCCCCACAGGAGCCACAGCCCCCCUUGGAGCCCCCACAGGAGCCACAGCCCCCCUUGGAGCCCCCACAGGAGCCACAGCCCCCCUUAGAGCCUCCACAGGAGCCACAGCCCCCCUUGCAGCCCCCGCAAGAGCUACAGCCCCCCUUGGAGCCCCCACAGGAGCCACAGCUGGAGCAGGAACAGGCUGGCACACAGCAGCACACGGGCUUGCAGCAGCAGACAGGCACACAGCAGCUGGAGCCACAGCCCCCACAGCCGGAGCCACAGUCCCCACAGCUGGAACCACAGCCCCCACAGCCGGAGCCACAGCCCCCAUAGCCAGAGCUGCAGCCCCUACGGCCAGAGCCACAGCCUCCAGAGCAGCCACAGCAGCCCAUGGUUCUAGUGGAUUGAGGGUGGAGCAGGUGGAGGAGCAGGUGAAAGGGAAGUGUGCAGGUGUGGAGCUCCCUGAGCCCGGGCUCUUUAUAUUCCUGCCCAGGUGUUUAUACUGAACACAUGAACACUUCUGUUGUUGUUUCUGCUAUUUCACGUGCACAAGUGUUAUUUUUAAUCUCUUCACAAUCCCAUGAGCCGCCAUCAGCUCAAGCCAAGCUCUCCUUUCCUUGGUUUCUAAAUUUGGCCUCUUCCUCAUAGGUGUUUUCCUUUGUUAGAAGACACUGGGCUCCCUCUCCAGCGGGUGUCCCAGGAGCCCGGGAGGCGGUGGUGGCUUGGCCGGCGGGUGGACCAUUGUCCUUGGUGCUCAUUGUCCUUGGUUCACUGAUGCAGACCCUCCACCCCCUGGCAUUGGUGUUUAUAUCGAGGAUGGUCAUUUUGUAAAAAAUAAAAUAAAAAUAAAAAUAAAAGCUGAAAUAAAAGGCUGUCUAUAGGUUCCACCACUUAAAAACUUCCAGUAUAAAUAUUUUGUCAAAUUUGUAAAACAAAGUUUUGAAGAGCGUGGAUUUCAGUGUGGCCCUGGUUCUCCUUUGUCUUUCUUAGCUCUUCCUCCUGUGGUUCGGCUCCCUUCUGCAGACACGGAUUAGACCCACGUUCCCUUCAGGCACCUGGGCUCACAGAGGGAAGAGAGGAGCAAGACCCUUUCUAAUGCUUUCGAGUUUUCCUCAAUUAAUUCUUUGUAAAAAUUUCACAAAUCAGUGGAUAUUCUUCAAGUUUACUCUUCUUGAAGGCUACAAAAAUUUUGAUUAGCCACCCUCUCUAAUGCACUUUUAUUUUCUAAAAGAUUAAUUUUAAUAUUUUUUUUGAGAAGGAAUAUCGCUCUUGUCACCAGGGCUGAAGUGCAGUGACACGAUCUCGGCUCACUGCAAUCUCUGCCUCCUGGGUUCAAGCAAUUUUCCUGCCCAGCCUCCCCAGCAGCUGGCUCAACUAAUUUUUUUGUGUUUUUAGUGGAGACAGAGUUUCAUCAUGUUGGGCAGGCUGGUCUCAAACUCCUGACCUCAGGUGAACCACCCGCCUCAGUCUCCCAAAGUGCUGGGAUUACAGGUGUGAGCCACUGCACCCAGCCAAAUUUUAAUUUUUUAUUAAGGUCAAAUUUACAUACAGUGAAAAAAUUUUUUUUUUCUGAGUCUCACUCUGUCGCCCAGGCUGGAGUGCAGUGGCGCAAUCUCAGCUCACUACAACGUCUGCCUCCCGAGUUCAAGCAAUUCUUCUGCCUCAGCCUCCCAAGUAGCUGGGAUUACAGGCACCUGCCACCACACCCAGUUAAUUUUGUAUUUUUAGUAGAGACGGGGUUUCACUAUGUUUGCCAGGCUGGUCUCGAACUCCUGACCUCAGGUGAUCCACCUGCCUUGGCCUCCCAAAGUGUUGGGAUUACAGGCAUGAGCCACCAGGCUCAGGCUGCAUUUUUUUUUUUUUUUUUUUUUUUUUUUUUGAGACGGGGUCUCAUUCUGUCACCUGGGCUGGGGGGCAGUGGUGCGAUCCUAGCUCGCUCACUGCAGCCUUGGUCUCCUGGGCGCUGCACAUAUUUUGAGUGUACAAUUCCAUGAGUUCCACUAAACAUGUACUCGUGUGCCCAUCACUCCAACCAUGACCAACUGCUUCACCCCCAGAAGAUUCCCUUUCGCUGCCUUCCGUUCCUGCCCAUCACUCCGGGCACAGCUCUGCUGACCAGUUGUGCCUGUUGUUGAAUGUUGCAAAAAUGAAAUCAUUAAAAAUGAACUCUGGUUUCUUUCCCUCA